UGACUGUUCACACAAUAUGCCUGAGAGACGAGGAGGAGAGCCGAUCCACAGCUCCUGGGUGAGAUGGUUCACUGAUUGCUUCCUCUGUGUGGACUGGACAACGCUAACAUGAACAAACUGGCAAAGGCUCUGUAUGACAACACUGCAGAGUGUGCAGAUGAGCUGGCUUUCAGAAAAGGGGACAUUGUCAUGGUGAUGGAUCAAAGCGUGGCUGGUACAAGCGGAUGGUGGAUGUGUUCUCUUUAUGGACGCCAUGGUCUGGCCCCUGCAAAUAGGCUGCAGCUUUUACCACAAACUGGAACCACUGCAAGCUCCUUUACCCAUGACACAGAAACAUCCAGAUUUACUGAUGCUGAAACUGAUGACAGUGUGCAAAAUAUCUACCAGAUCCCAUGUUUACCCCGACCAUCCAGCAGCCCAGCUUAUGAAUGCAUGGAUAAGAUCUACAAGAUCCCGUCCACUCAUUUAGCAGCUUCAAAAAUGCCAGUGCAGCAGAAACUAAAGCACAGCACAGGAGGACCUGAGGAAAACAAGCCUUCAUUCUCAAGCAAGCUGUCCAGUUCACCAGGAGAGGUUUAUGACGUCCCGAGCCAAGCAAGACGAAAUUCUGUUUUUACUGCAUCAACCACUCCCAGACAUAUGCCACGGAAACACUCACUGAUUCCAAUUGUUGAGCUGGAGAAAAGAUUUGAUUCUCCGGAGAGUUCAAGUUGUGGCAGUCUGUUAGACUCUUAUGUGUAUGCAGUUCCACCAUCCAUGCCUCAGGAUCCAAACUAUGACAUCCCUGUUCCUUCCACCACAGAAGCCCAACAAAGAAUGAUGGGUGGAUACAGCACCCUUCCCACCCCCCACAAGCCUGAGUGGAUUUAUGAUGUGCCAGUGGGUCCUGAGAAACUAAGUCCACCCCAAAUCUCCAAUGAUACCAUGCACUCCAAAGCCAUUUGUAGACUUUAUGACACUCUUUCAGCACAUGCUUGGUCCAUUCAAGAAGGCAUUGCAACCUCCUCGCUUUAUGAUAUACCGAAACCUAAUUCACUUGACAUCCCGAGUCCACCUAAAGUGUUGCCAAAAGCCCCAAUUUAUGACAAGCCCCCAACUAAGAGGAUUGCGGAGGACAUAGUUUAUGCAGUCCCACCCCAGGAGGAACCUUUAACUCGAGUUCUCAAUCAACCGUCCAGUGAUCAUAUCCCAUUAGAGUGCCGGAGCGACUCAAGUAAUGCUCAUGAACUCACAAAGGUGCAUCUGCAGCGAAUGAGGAACUUCCUGGCCUGUACAUCUUUCCAUGACCUUCCCGGAAGUGGGGAGUCACCAGUGCAAGAGGACAAUGAUCAAGGUAAAACCCUGCGACUCUCCGCAGCAGACAGCCAAAGAAUCAGCAGGGCCUCCAGCUCCUCCGCCAGCUCCUGUGACUCUCUGACUCUGAGUUCCCCCUCUCCCGAGCCUCUGCGAGAAGUGACUCUCAGCCAGGAUCAAGCCUGUCGCAAAAUUCUGGACCUGCAAAUUUCAGUUUGUAGGGCUGUCCCCCGUCUUAUGGAGUUUGUCAGCAGUCACUGGAGGAGCAAAGAACACCUGGAGAAACACCUGAAGGAAAUCAAAGACGCAUCAGAGGGGAUUGUGUGUUCUCUUAUGUGCUUCCUAAACUUUGCUUUGGAUGUGAAGGGCAAUGCACGCCGUUUGACCGAUGCCAACCUUCAGGCACGGCUCUAUAAACAGCUGUCCAUUGUUGAAGACUCAGGUGUGAUCCUACGACAAACAUUUAGUGCUCUGAACAUGGCUGGCUGGCCCCUGAAUACACUUUGUCAGGACCCCGGGCAGGUCCAGAUACCUGAUCAACUGGAUCGCUUCGUUAUGGUGGCCCGCACUGUUCCAGAGGACAUCAAGCGUCUGGUAUCCAUCAUCAAUGCCAAUGGCAAGCUUCUGUUCAGAGCCUCACGGAAAGCUCCAGAGCCUCUCCACCCCCUAGGUCAGCUAGAUAUAAAGAAGAGUCCUGAUGUGAGUGAACCAGGAGGGGCCUUGGUGGAGGAUGACAAUGACUACAUAGAGCUAAAGACAAAGAAUGACUUUGAAAAGCAGCUGAAGGAGGUGCAGAAAGAACCAAAAGUCACAUCAGACAAAGUUUAUAACAAUGUAAAGGCUCUUAACCAUCGCCACUCCUCUGAGUCCUGCAGUGGCACAGAAGAACAUCGACCAGCCUCUGUGUCAGAGCACUGCCGGCUUUAUUUUGGUGCUCUCCAGAAGGCCAUCGGGGGAUUCGUGGGCAGUGUCCGGGAUGGUCAGCCACCAGAGAAAUUUAUCUCGCAGAGUAAGCUGGUGAUCAUGGUGGGCCAGAGGCUGGUGGACACCCUCUACAGAGAGGCCCAACGUGUAGGCUCCCCCCAGAACCUCCUGUGUAGGAGCAACCACCUGUGUGCUCUUCUGAAGCAGCUGGCUGUGGCGACCAAGAAGGCAGCACUGCACUUCCCUGAUGAGCAAGCUCUGCAAGAGGCGCAAGAGUUUGCUCAAGAACUUGCCCAAAGAGCACAGCACUUUCGGAAAUCGCUUGACCUCUGAACAUAUCAAGCAUGGGGAUUUGUUUAUACAGCAAAGGACUUUUAUUCAUCGUCUGUUUUAUUUUUCAUUCAUUUCAUAUUCAACUACAUUGAUGCUUCACUAGCCAAAACUGUCACCACUUCAGCUGAAUUUCACCAUAAUUAUGAAUGCAGGUACUGGCUACUAUGCUAAUGAAGGUAGAAAAAAGGAAUCCAAACUAAGUUGCACAUUUAGGUUACUGUACUCAAGCCAACUUAAAUUGCCAUUAAAAUAGUAAGUAUGAGAAAACAUUUGCAUUAUAUAAUUUACAACAUUUUUACUUGGAACAUGUUUUAUGUGGAUGAUUUAUGUAUUUUAUUUCUUUAUUGUGUUAGAGGUAUACUCUUCAGGGUAGUAGUUUGAUACAGUCUACUUUUUCUGAAUAUGUAUGGAAAUCAUUUUAAAGAAAUGUGUUAUGCAUUCCCAAACAUUAUGUUGGCUUUUUAUUGAUAGAAGAAAUAAAAAAAUAAGCACUUUU